AAGUCACCCGGAACAUCACGGUACGAAAGCUCCAUAGUUGGAUGACUGAGUUCCCCAGAGGCACCAUCACCAGGCUGAAGCCUCCUGAAGUUUCCCAUCUGCUCUAAGCUAGGCAACUACUGUUCCGCUUGGCUUGGACUACGUAUUCCAGUAUGCACCGCAUGCGUCUCGAAUUCGCACAGUGAAUAGAUAACCACCACUCCCCACGUGCAUUCUACGACUGUGCUAGAAGCGAGUUCAGAAAUUCAGAACUACAACUUCCGACCUGCAAGCUAACUGCGGCGGCGCUAUUUAAAAAGCGUCAGAGAGGAGGUGCCUGGCCACGCCUCUCUCUUCCAGUUCCGCUCUCUCCUGUUAAGCGGAGAAGAGCAGGGAGGAGCUUGAGGCCCGGGUCAAGAUGGCGGCUGCGAAACCAACCCUCACGGACUCGCUCUCGUUCUGCCUCGCACAGCUCACGGCGGCGGCCGGGGAGGGCCUGGGUGGGGGAAAGGAACCUGCUACCAACGAGACACCCCUGGGCCGCGCGCUCUUAGCCCUCCGCACGCGCCACAUCAAGGCAGCGGGAGGAAUCGAACGCUUCCGGGCACGGGGCGGGCUCCGCCCCCUUCUCGCUCUGCUGAGGCGAGCGGCGGCAGCGGGCCCCGCCCCGUCCCCGGCAGGCCCUGGCUCCGCCCCCUCGGUCGUGUCAGCUGCUUCUGCUGGCUCCGCCCCCUCGUCGGUUCCCGCCCCCUCCGCUGUGCUGGCGUCGACGCCUUCGCCGCCAGUGCGCCUGCGCAAGACGCUGGACUUGGCGCUCAGCAUCCUUGCUAACUGCUGUACGGAAGGGGCGUGCCGGGCUGAAGUGCGCAGACUCGGAGGCAUUCUUCCUUUGGUGACGAUUCUUCAGUGUGUGAAGGCAGACAGCAUCCAGAACCGCACAGCCCGUGCUCUGGGGAACUUAGCCAUGGAACCUGAGAGCUGUGGGGACAUCCACUCUGCUGGUGCUGUUCCCCUGCUGGUUGAGAGCCUGACAGCCUGCCAGGACUCCCAGUGCCUACAGAGUGUAGUGCGUGCCCUCCGCAACCUGGCGGACACACCCCAGCACCGCCUGGCCCUGGCACAGCAGGGAGCAGUGCGCCCACUGGCCGAGCUCCUGGCGGCUGCCCCAGACCCUGCGCUGACCUCAGCCUUAGUCCGUGCCCUCUUGGAGCUCAGCCGAGGUUGCUCCCGGGCCUGUGCUGAGCAGUUAAGUCUGGGCGGGGGAUUAGGCCCACUUGUUAGCCUGGCUUCCCACCCCAAAAGGGCAGUACGUGAGGCGACCAUCCUGAUCCUCGCCAACCUGUGUGCCCAGGGCCUUGUGCGGCCUGCUUUGGGCAAUGCCGGUGGUGUGGAGGUGCUACUGAGUGAGCUGCGACGGCGCCGGGGCACCAAUGGGGCCAGCCCAGCCUCCCAGCAGCCUCUGGUGCGGGCCGUGUGCCUUCUGUGCCGGGAGGCCAUCAACCGGGCCCGGCUGCGUGACGCUGGUGGUUUGGAGUUGCUGAUGGGCCUGCUGCGGGACCCUCGUGCCAGCGCCUGGCACCCUCGUGUCGUGGCCGCCCUCGUGGGCUUCCUCUAUGAUACUGGCGCCCUGGGCCGGCUCCAGGCUCUGGGACUUGUGCCUCUCCUGGCUGGGCAGCUGUGUGGUGAGGCUGGCGAUGAGGAAGAAGAGGGAAGAGAAGCGGCUUCCUGGGACUUCCCUGAGGAACGGACCCCUGAGCGAGCAGAGGCUGGAAGCUUCCGGAGCCUCAGAUCAUGGCUGAUCUCCGAGGGCUAUGCUGCAGGCCCUGGAGACAUCUCUCCAGACUGGUCUCCUGAACACUGUCCACCACCACCAGAGCCAGCAGAGCCAGCCAGCCCCACCCCGGGCCCGACCUCCCUGCGGCCACCCCGUGCACUGCACACGCCAGGCCGCAGCCCUGCCACCACCUCAGAGGAGCCUUGGGGCCGCGAGGGGCCAGCACUGCUGCUGUUGUCACGCUUCUCUCAAGUUCCUGACCCAAGUGGGGCCCUGGUGACUGGCCCAGCACUCUGUGGUCUGCUGGCCUACGUGACAGGGGCCCCAGGCCCGCCAAGCCCACGUGCCCUGCGUAUCCUGGCACGCCUCACCUGCAAUCCUGCCUGCCUUGAGGCCUUUGUGCGCAGCUACGGAGCAGCCCUGCUGCGUGCCUGGCUGGUGCUUGGCGUGGCUCCAGAUGACUGGCCUGCCCCGCGCAAUCGGCCCCCUCGCUGCAGCCAGCACCGGGAGCUAGGUGAGAUGCUGCUGCAGAACCUGACCGUGCAGGCCGAGUCCCCCUUUGGAGUAGGUGCCCUCACUCACCUGCUGCUCUCUGGGAGCCCUGAGGACCGUGUGGCCUGUGCACUGACCCUGCCCUUCAUCUGUCGGAAGCCGUCUCUGUGGCGCCGGCUACUUCUGGACCAGGGUGGCCUCCGCCUCCUCCUCACAGCACUAACUCGGCCAGCUCCACACCCGCUCCUUCUUUGCUGCGGACUCCCUUUCCUGCCUUCAAGGCCUGGUGUCUCCCACUAUGAGCCCAGCCCUCCCACCCACCAUUCCUUCGGACCUAGACCCACCUUCCCCUUGCCUCUAUGAACCACUGCUGGGCCCAGCCCCUGUCCCGGCUCCUGACCUGCACUUCCUGUUGGACUCAGGCCUACAGCUCCCUGCCCAGCGAGCUGCUUCAGCCACUGCCUCCCCCUUCUUCCGGGCCCUGCUGUCUGGCAGCUUUGCUGAAGCCCAGAUGGACCUGGUGCCACUGCGAGGCUUGUCACCCAGUGCAGCCUGGCCUAUCCUGCAUCACCUGCAUGGCUGCCGGGGCUGUGGGGCUGCCCUGGGGCCUGUGCCCCCGCCAGGCCAGCCCCUGCUGGGUUCAGAGGCUGAGGAGGCACUAGAGGCUGCUGGCCGUUUCCUGCUUCCUGGGCUGGAGGAGGAGCUGGAAGAGGCUGUGGGCCGCAUCCACCUGGGGCCCCAGGGUGGUCCAGAGUCAGUGGGUGAAGUAUUCCGCCUGGGUCGGCCCCGGCUGGCCGCCCACUGCGCCCGCUGGACACUGGGGCCGGGGCAGUGUCCUCGGAAGCGGGCUCUGGCCCUGGUGGGGCUUGUGGAGGCAGCAGGUGAGGAGGCAGGACCCCUGACUGAGGCCCUGCUGGCCGUGGUGAUGGGGAUCGAAUCAGGGGCAAGGGUCCCAGCCUAGACCAUUGAUGUCCCCUGGGAGGGGACCCCAGGACAGGUUGGCUGUGAAGGAUGCCUUACUCAGAGUGGCACAGGAGGAGGCUGAGCGCACGGAGUCAUCAUCGAGGACCAAUGAGAAGAUGGAACCAAGUCCCAGGAUGAUGGUCUAAAGACCCUGGAGCAAGAGCCGAGAGCAGGGUGGGCGUGGGGCCCAGGAGAGCAGCCCGGGCCCCAAGUGCCUGGCCUGGCCCAGCCGUCUGGAGUCGGAGAUUAAAAGCUGGAGUUGGCA